CUAUUCCUGAGUUUUCUGCGCGUGGUUUGGGCGUUUCACGAAGGUGUGAUCGCCAUUUAGAAAACAUUUCUUUCUCGGUUUGGCCUCACAACCUAAGCCGAAGUGGCCAACAUGUCGACAGGGAAGGCUAACAAACCGCUAAUGGAUGGUAAAGCGAGGAGAUUUAGCGCCCCUUCGAGAGGGAGAGCAGUGCGAAGGCCUGAAGAUGUCGUUCGCGACGUUCGUGGUCUCAAGCUUCGACAGCGUGUUUCUCUUGUUCUGAAUGACAAGGUUCUUCGCGAUGAACUGGAAGAUCUUGUUCAAAACUACGUUCAGAAUGGUCCCAAAAGUGGCGGAGAAGGCGUCCGCACCUAUCAAGAUUUUUUGAUUCCCUCCAGCACGUACUAUGGAGGAGGCAUGUCUGCUGUAGUCACUCCAAUAGCAGACAUAAGAGGUUCCGAUACUUUGAAUUAUUCCAAACAGGAGAGGUUAUUACGUUGCAAACUGGCCGCUACAUACCGCUUAGUCGAUCUUUUUGGAUGGAACAGUGGUUUGUAUAGCUUCAUAACGAUUCGCCCCUCGGCGGACCAAGAGAGUUUCCUGAUCCAUCCAUUUGGACUCAUGUACAGUGAAGUGACUGCGUCCAGUCUGGUUAAAGUCAAUCCGGAUGGAAGUGUGGUUGAUCAAGGCAGCACCAAUCUCGGUGUGAAUAAAGCUGGUAUGUUGUUGCAUUCUGCCCUCCAUGGUGCCAGAAAAGAUGCCAGGGCGAUUAUACAUCUUCACCAAGCGGACGUUGUAGCCGUAUCAGCAAUGAAGUGUGGACUUCUGCCCAUUUCCAUAGAAGCUCUAAUAUUGGGUGAAGUAGCUUACCAUGAUUUUAGAGGGAUUUUUUCAAAUGAAGAAGAAAAGGAGUCAAUAGCAAAGGACAUUGGUGAAGAAAGCAAGGUAAUGGUACUCAGAAACCAUGGUAUUGUCAUUUGUGGAGAGACCAUUGAAGAAGCAUUUUACCUGGCACAUAAUGCUGUGAAGGCUUGCAUCAACCAGAUAAAAGCUGUUGGUGUUGGAAUUGAUAACCUCAUCAAAUGUGAAGAUUUUGCCCAAGAGCAAGUGGUUGAGACGGCCCAAGAAGGAGGAGGUGGUGUUAACUCUGGUGACAUAAAGUGGAAGCGAGGAGAAAUGGAGUUUGAAGCAAUGAUGCGUUUACUGGACUCAAUGGGUUACAAGACAGGCUAUGUGUAUAGAAAUCCUGAAGUGUUCCAUGGUGAGAAACCUGCAGAAAGAGAGGUGACCACUCCAUCUACUGUGUCAUCCACACGAGCAAAGAUGUACUAUACACCCGAGAUUGAACGAGGACAAAUUAAAAGAUCCCAUUCUACAGGGCGUGCAAACACUUACAGAAACCGUGUCAAAUGGCUGAACACCCCAGUGAAGUCUACAGAGUACAAGAAGGACAAGGAGAAAGUUGAGUUGGAGAGUGACGAGCCCGUGACAAUUAAGGAUCUUUUACCAGAAAGAGUUGACAAGGACUUGGAGCAGGCCCCUGAGAACAAUGAAGUGACAGUAAAAACAUCAAAAGUUGUGAUCACAGAGUCAGUGCCUCAUGAGAAGGGAAUCAAUGGUGAUGAGACAAAGGAAAUCAGACAAGAGUACACACACAAGACAGUCGUAAUCACAACAGAAGUGAAUGGUGAAGCAGGUGAUGAUAAGAGUUCUGAGGUUGGAGAUGAGGAUGGUCCAGAUGGUGACUUGUUGGUUCCAGGUGCUGAUUCACCAGAGCCCGAGAGCCCAGCAAAAAAGAAGGGAACAAAGGUGAAGAAGAAGAAGAGCUUUAAAGAUGCUUUGGUGAAAAAGUUCAGCAAGAAGGGUGAACGGCCAGCAAAGUAUGAAAAGGGUGAUGCAGAGAAAGUGGAAUAGUGUGCAGUGAUUCAAGAUUUACAACAGGCCAAGUUUUAUUUGCAAUUGACGUAAUGUUGGAAUUCCUUUAAAAUAGGAAAUUUCAAGAACAAAUAAAUCAGUUUGUUGUCAAAUGUAUAAAGUUAAACAAAAUCUUCGAGUGGGGAUUGUAACCCCUGAAGUGAGAUCAGAAAUUAAGAAGCCCAGCUUUAUUGUUGAUAUAGGCCUACAAAGAGAGUAAGUCUAAAUAUCUUAUGUGGAAUGCAGGAUGAUGAAGAAAUUAGUUUUAUUUUCUUUUUAAGACAGUGAUAAACAUUUUUGAACAUACAAACCAUGGUAUCCAAUAGUUAUAAUAAUUUUUACAUUUAAACUGUGUGAACAAAGCUUCCCCUCAAAUGUGUUUGGUCAGCUCAAAUGAAUUUUUUCUUUGUCCAAUAUUUUAUUUGUGGGCAUAGAAUAUUACCUUAGAGUUUUUGACAUUGUUUAACUCAAUUUUUUUUUUUAGACAUAGGUUUAUUUUAUUCAUGUAUGGUUUUAAUUAUUUGAUUUUACACUAGUAGACCAAACUUUAGUUCCUUUUUUCUCAAGAAUUCAAAUCAAAAUGUUCACGUUUGUCUUCAUCAGAUUGAAUGUUAAAAUGAAGUGAUGUUGAUAAAGGGAAUUCACAGUGUUAUGCUAAGUUUUCUAACCUAGUACUGUUAGAGAUGUGGAAAAAUUACUCUUUGCAAGAUUAACUAAAACUGACAUAAUUUCAUUAUGGAACUAAAGGGGAUCCCUGCAUACAACAUACAAGGUUGCAGAAUUUUUGACUUUUUUGUUUUCUUAAGGAUGAAACAGUCUGUUACUGACAUGGAUUUUAGGAUUUUGGUGUGCUUAGCAAAACUUCCAGUUGCAAAAUGUACAUGUGAUUUGUGACCAUCAAACGUCACAGGAAAAUAGAUUGGAAAUUAAGAAAAAUUGUUUAGUGAUCCUAGGCUUACCACUCAGGUUCUUGUAAAUUACUUUUUGAUCAGCCUUAUCUUUGGUUCAUUUUUAUAGUUUGAUUUUGUUUGUUUUGUUUUGUUGGUAAGUGACCCAACAGUAUUGAUAUGCUAUUUAGGCUAGACAUUUUUUUCCAAGAAACACUUUUCAGUGGUUCUCUUUUGUGAAAUAAUGAUUAUUGUGAACUUGCACCUUUCACCUUGAGUCUGGGUGAGAGUAUUUCUGACAUCUUUUGAUUGUGAUAAACUCUGGAGCCAUAUGGUACUCUAGAAGGAUUAUGCUUUGGUGGACCACUGUUGUCCACUACAUAGAGUAGAAAAUGGCAUAUUUUCAACCUUGAGUGGUAACUGAAUUCUGAUAGCUUAGCUUUGUUUCCUCCAUCUCUCUCUCUUUGUAGUAUUCAAUACCAUUACAUCAUAGGCUCUCUUUAGACACCAAAGUCUGCAUUCUGUCUCCAGGUUUGGUUCCAUCAAAAGCAUUUGGGAGGCUGAGGCAAUGUUGCUUCUUUUAGUGGUAAAUAUUUUGUCAACAGAAUUAUCAAAUGCAUUGUGUGUUCCGAUGGCAAAUCAGUCCUGGGUUAAAGUAAGAGACUUUAUCUUCAAUUUUUAAAUUUAAUGUUAAGUCACCCAAUGUUGGUUCAGUAGCUACUCCUUAAGGAGUAAUUUGAAAUGUCUAAUGAAAUCUUGCAUCAGGGAAGUAGUACAAGGGUCGUCUUACUGCAUAGUUCUAUUUACUAAUUUAUCAUUUGCCCAAAGUCAGCACACUAGCUCUUAACUGCAAGUUUUAGGGUAGGAUUUAUCUUUAAUGUUGUUAUGGAGACUAGAAAAAAAGAAUUUAAAUGAUGUAAUGGUUUUACGUGAUGAAUAAAGAGCAUUAUAAAGGCCAA